CCCACUAAAGAACAAUUUCCAUGCAAAAGCUUUUACACCUCUAACUAAUUAUUAAUCAAUCUUCCCUAUAAAUAUACCUCUCUAUCUGCUCCCUUUCUCAAUCCAAUCUUCUACCUCUACAUCUCCUCCACAUCUCACAAACAUGAAGUAUAACACUCUUAUAAGGAUAUUGUUACUUGUGUUAGCCAUGUUAGCCAUUGCUCUCCAAGCAUCACCACAUGAUCAACAGCCAUUUCUUGAAGAUGAUGAUGAUACUGCAAGUGGUCAUCAAGAACACAUUUCUCUAGGCCGAUUUCUCCGACAGCGGGUUCCAAUGAAGUGUAACAAAAAUCCUAGGAUUUGCCGUGCUGAGGGAAGUCCUGGACGGGAUUGCUGCAAGAAGAAGUGUGUGAAUGUGAAGACAGACAGACACAAUUGUGGAAUGUGUGGGAAGAAAUGUAAGUACUCUGAGAUAUGCUGCAAGGGCAAGUGUGUUAAGCCCAUGUAUGACAAGAAGCACUGCGGAGGUUGCAACAAUAAGUGCAACAAAGGGAGUGCUUGUGUUUAUGGAAUGUGCAGCUAUGCUUAGAAAAUUGAUCAUCUAGCUUUCUCAAAUUGAAUUUAUUUGUAUUAUGAAUUAAGAUUAUAGGGAUUUUAAUCAUUAAUUUUGUAAUUCUUUUAAAUCUUGUGUUCUA